CAGUCGAGGGGAGCGGCGGCUGCCGGCGCGGAGCUGCGGGGUCCUGCGGCGGCGAGGGAGCGGGGAGGCAGCGAUCGGGGUGUAAAGAAUGAAACAGGAGUUGUAAACUUUGAGGAGUCAUCAUGGAAGACUUGGCAGGACAUAACUUCAGCUCAGUGGAAGAGGAAACCAGAUACUGGAAAGAGUUGGCGAUGAAAUACAAGCAGUGUGCUGAGAAUACACAGGAGGAAUUGCGUGAAUUCCAAGAAGGGAGUCGAGAAUAUGAAGCUGAACUGGAGACUCAGCUGCAGCAAACAGAGUCCAGAAACAGAGAUCUUCUGUCAGAAAACAAUCGUCUGCGGAUGGAGCUGGAGUCAGUCAAGGAAAAGAUUGAGAUGCAGCAUUCAGAAGGAUACAGACAAAUCUCUGCACUGGAAGAUGACUUGGCACAGACAAAAGCUGUUAAAGAUCAACUUCAGAAAUACAUUCGAGAACUUGAGCAAGCAAAUGAUGACCUGGAAAGAGCAAAAAGAGCCACUAUAAUGUCUCUGGAGGAUUUUGAACAGCGUUUAAACCAGGCUAUUGAAAGAAAUGCUUUUCUGGAGAGUGAGCUGGAUGAGAAAGAAAACCUCCUGGAGUCCGUGCAGCGCCUGAAAGAUGAAGCCAGAGAUCUACGACAAGAGCUUGCAGUGCAGCAGAAGCAGGAGAAGCCCAAAACACCAAUGCGAACUACCCUGGAAACAGAGAGAACAGACACUGCAGUUCAAGCUUCCUUAUCUGUGCCUUCAACUCCCUCUGUGCACAGGGCACCCAACAUCAACAUACCCACCCCUGCAACAUAUAGAAGAGGUCUCGAGGACAGUUACUGUGCAACGCCUCUCACACCCGCUGCAAGAAUAUCUGCACUUAACAUUGUGGGAGACUUGCUACGAAAAGUAGGGGCUUUGGAGUCCAAACUUGCAUCUUGCCGAAACUUUGUGUAUGACCAAGCUCCAAGCAGAACCUCAGUGUCCAUGUACAUGAACAGAGAUGUGCUUGAAACACGCCCGAGCCCUCACCAGCCUUUGUGUGAUGGAGGGUUAGUCAAACGCCUGGAGUUUGGAACUCGCCCUUCAAAUAUUCCGGGACCAAUGAGCCAUCCCUCACAGAGUGUUGUCAAGAUCCUGCUAUGAAAAGCCUGGUUGUUUUUGGAAAAGGAAAAAAAAUAUUUUAAACUUAGUUUUAAAGUGAAUAUCAGUGAGAAGCAGGCAGCAAGUCUAGGGGUAGGAGAGAAUGGAAUAAGAAGCUGCAGUUGGCAGUGGCCUCUUGUAGCCUUGCCCAGUCUGGACUCUUGGCAGAGUUACUGUGGUGAAGUAAUACUGCCUCACAAUGCAGGACUUCAAAUUGCUUUCUACAUCAGUUGCUCCUUGAAAAGUAAAUAGCUCCUUGAAAGCUGCUUCUUUUGACACUGCCAGUCAAAGCCAUUGUCCCUCUACCUAUGAUAGAGGCAGUGUAGCUCCUCAGGCUUUGGCUUUUGGUUUUAAUACAGCACCAUGGUGUUCUGGCUUAAAAACUGGUUGUGGUGGCUUUCUAUUAUGGGUGUUGUGUUCUGCAGUCACUCAAAUUAGAGGAAUGGUUUUAUGUGGAUAAAGAUGUAUUUCUGCGGGGAAGCUGCUCAGCUCUUCUUGGGGUGCUUGCUGGCCAGAAUCUCUUCAACAGUAAAACCUAUCUGUAGGUCUCUGGUUUUGUAAGCAACGACUUGCCAUUAGGAAUAGGUCCUAGUGCUUGGAGUACUUGGGAAAUCCUAGAGCUAACAGCAAGGGAGGAGACUUUGCACUGGCCUACUAUAUUGACUUUAUUCUUUUUUUUUUUUUUUUUUUUUUUUUUUUUCUUUUUUUUUUUCAUAUUGUGGCCCAUAAAGCCUAGCUGUUGUAGGAAGCAAGAUACCUGAUGAUGAAAUUCAUAGUUCUAACAUCUCAAUAUGUGGGUUUUACUGCUUUCCAAACCUCCCUUUAUUAAUGUGCCUUGUGUAUUAGUGAUUUUUUUUUUUUUUAGUGAGAAUAUGCUUUCAGCUGUUACUAAAGUGGGUUUAACCUGAAAGUCCCUUAUGCUAGACAAACAUAUAUGAGAAUUAUUUUAAAAUAUUUUUCCCUCCCAUAUGUUUUUUAAAUGAAGAAGUUUCCUCAGCAAUAUUAAUGUAACUUACCUCCAAAAUUAUCAUGACUAAACAAUUUUUGUUUUUUUGCAAGCACUGGGGAGACCUUACUUGAGAAAAGAAUGUGUAAAUGUGUUUGGGUUAUUUGUUUUGGUUUAUUUUGGAUUUGGUUUGUUCUGUUUGGGUUUUUUUGGUAUUUUGUUAAGAAAAUCCUGUGAAAAUGGUCACUGAUGCAUCUGUUUCUCUGGAACAGGGAAUAACCACAGAUCUUUCCCUUUAUUCCGGCUAUCUACAAAGUUGGCUUAACUGAGGAGCAGAAUAAAGCUUAUUUUUAAUGCUA